CCGCGGAGCCCCACCCGGCUCACUCUGCUGCGGACGGGACAGAGCUCAGACAGCUUGCUCUGCGCUCCCCGGGUCCCUGGUAAGCUCUCCACCCUGUAGUCUCCUUGGGUGACCCAGUAGGAUCGAAGUCACCAUGUUCAGCUGGCUGAAGAAGGGCGGGGCUCGGGGCCAGCGACAUGAGGCCAUCCGCACUGUGACCUCUUCCCUCAAGGAGUUGUACCGCACAAAACUUUUGCCCCUGGAGGAACACUACCGUUUCGGGGCUUUCCAUUCACCGGCCCUCGAAGAUGCUGACUUCGAUGGCAAACCCAUGGUGCUGGUGGCUGGUCAGUAUAGCACUGGCAAAACCAGCUUCAUCCAGUACCUUCUGGAGCAGGAGGUUCCUGGCUCUCGUGUGGGUCCAGAGCCCACCACCGAUUGCUUCGUGGCUGUCAUGCAUGGCGAGACAGAGGGCACUGUGCCGGGCAAUGCUCUCGUUGUGGACCCAGAGAAGCCCUUCCGCAAGCUCAAUCCUUUCGGAAACACUUUCCUCAACAGGUUUAUGUGUGCCCAACUCCCCAACCAGGUCCUGGAGAGCAUCAGCAUCAUCGACACACCGGGCAUCCUGUCAGGUGCCAAACAGAGAGUGAGCCGCGGAUACGACUUCCCAGCCGUCCUGCGCUGGUUUGCCGAGCGCGUGGACCUCAUCAUCCUGCUCUUCGACGCCCACAAGCUGGAAAUUUCCGAUGAGUUCUCAGAGGCCAUCGAUGCCUUGCGUGGACACGAGGACAAGAUCCGCGUGGUACUCAACAAGGCGGACAUGGUGGAGACGCAGCAGCUGAUGCGUGUCUACGGAGCACUCAUGUGGGCGCUGGGCAAGGUGGUGGGCACGCCCGAGGUCCUGCGCGUCUACAUCGGCUCCUUCUGGUCCCAGCCGCUCCUUGUGCCAGACAACAGGCAUCUCUUCGAGCUGGAGGAACAGGACCUCUUCCGUGACAUCCAAGGUCUACCGCGCCAUGCGGCAUUGCGCAAGCUCAACGACCUAGUGAAGAGGGCGCGGCUAGUGCGGGUGCAUGCUUAUAUCAUCAGCUACCUGAAGAAAGAGAUGCCCUCGGUGUUCGGGAAGGAAAACAAGAAGAAGCAGCUGAUCCUCAAGCUGCCUGUCAUCUUUGCCAAGAUCCAGCUAGAGCACCACAUCUCCCCUGGGGAUUUCCCUGACUGCCAGAAGAUGCAGGAGCUGUUGAUGGCACAUGACUUCACUAAGUUCCACUCCUUGAAGCCGAAGCUGCUGGAGGCUCUGGAUGAGAUGCUGACACAUGACAUUGCUAAGCUUAUGCCGCUGCUUCGGCAAGAGGAGCUGGAGAGUGUGGAGGUUGGCGUGCAGGGUGGUGCAUUUGAGGGCACCCACAUGGGCCCCUUCGUGGAGCGGGGCCCUGACGAGGCACUGGAGGAUGGCGAGGAGGGCUCAGAAGAUGAUGCCGAAUGGGUGGUGACCAAGGACAAGUCCAAAUACGACGAAAUCUUCUAUAACUUGGCACCUGCCGAUGGCAAGCUGAGUGGUUCCAAGGCCAAAACCUGGAUGGUAGGCACCAAGCUUCCCAACUCUGUGUUGGGGCGGAUCUGGAAGCUGAGCGAUGUUGACCGAGAUGGCAUGCUGGAUGAUGAGGAGUUCGCCCUGGCCAGCCAUCUCAUCGAGGCCAAGCUCGAGGGCCACGGGCUGCCCACCAACCUGCCCCGCCGCCUUGUGCCACCUUCCAAGCGACGCCAGAAGGGCUCUGCUGAGUGAGACAGCUGUGAUUGAUGGUCCUCCCUCCCACUCUGCCCUGCUGUGGCUCCCCAGCUCCAGUUGCCUACACGGCUACACGCAGAUCCCUGCUCUGGCCCACUCACCCUCUCUGCCCACCCUUCCUGGCUGUAAGGACUUGAGGGGGGCUACUCCCCCAUACCAGACAUUCAGUCAAAGCACUUAUAGAGGACCAGGGGUAGUGACAAACCUUCUCUGUCCCAUCUUUCACACCUCCACCCUCACAUACACAAGGGCCUAUCAUACAGAAACACACAGACAUCCAUCUAUCAUUCAUAUAGAGACUUUUUUCCUUUUAUUAUUAUUUUUAAACAAUGUCUCAGAUAGCCCAGGAUACCCCUGAACUUCCUAUGUAGCUGAGGAUGGCCUGGAUAUUUCAUCUUCCUGGUCUAUGCAGUGCUGGGGUGUGAACACAGGGUCUCCUGCAAGCUAGGCAAGCGCUCUGUCAACUGAGGUAUGUCUGCAGCCCCAUCGGAUAUUUAUUGAGCACUGACUGUAUGCCGGGCUCUGGUGGAACAGACUCUCAGGAGUGUGACAUCUUCAUAGUCACACAAACACUGAUACCAGCAAGACCCCUUGUCCCUUUUUUUUUUUUUUUUUUUUUGGUUUUUCGAGACAGGGUUUCUCUGUGGUUUUGGAGCCUGUCCUGGAACUAGCUCUUGUAGAACAGGCUGGUCUCGAACUCACAGAGAUCCACCUGUCUCUGCCUCCCGAGUGCUGGGAUUAAAGGCGUGCGCGUGCGCCACCACCGCCCGGCUCCCUUGUCCCUUUUUAUAGGUAAGCAGCUCCUUUUACUCAGCCUUGCUAGAGCUCCCUACUCCAUUAUGUCUUCAGGUCUUGGGACCAUUGGGGGCUCAGAGGGAGACACCUGACCUCCUCCUUCCUUAUAUGUACCCAUUUCUGUCACUUUCUUCCCACAAACCUUGAACUCUGAACACACCCUUUUCACAAAGAUUCUGCAGCAGAUUAAAAACAACUUCCCAGCUCCUUCAAGGAUGGUUUGCAUCCUCUGCCCGGUGCCCCCAGCAUCCCCAGCAUGUGCCCAGUGCUGGGGACCCCAGUAGCGGGUCCCUCUUUCCACCUUCAGGUCAUAUUCAAAUAGAGUCCCUACCAAAGACAGAGGUCCCAGGGGUGACAGGCACUUCACUGAAGCCAGAGUUUUCACGGAUAUUCUGGGGGAUUGGGAAUUCUUGGUGCUAUAGCCUUUUCUCCUCCUUAAAGGGAUCCCCAUGCCUGUCUUCAACACCCCUGGUGGGGGACAUCAUGGAGAAGAUGGGGGCAGCUGGAAGGGGCUGGGAACCCAAGAGUGUCCCCCACAGGGCCAAUAAAGCCAAGACUGCUGCUUGU